AUUAUAGCAAAUGCAAGCUCGUCCUCGUCCAGCCGAGUCAGGUUUGCAAUUCCACCUGCAACCCCUCGGUUAAUACCGCCCACCACGCAACGACGAAGUCCCGACUCAAGAAUAUCAAUACCAGCAAGAUGUUCGUGCCCAAAUCGUUGCGUCUCCUCGUGGUGUGGAAGCUCUCGAGCGCCUUUGUGCUGCACCAGUGUACCCAAUCAAAUGCGUUGCUUGCUUCCGCCACAAAGCUCAGCAUCUCCACGACCGCCGGCAGGUCUACUUCCGGACGCAAGAACGAUUCUCCGCCCUACUUUGCUGCAACAGCACUUGAACGCGGGGGCCCACCUUUUGUAAACGACCUCCCACCCCAACUACACCAGGAUGCCACCUUACAGGGUCUCAUUGCGCCAGCGACGGAUUCUUGGAACGUCACAAACGAAACGUCAGCUGUGCACAAUGCCGCAGCAACCCUCCGCCUGUCGCAGAAGAGAAAAAAGCUUGCCCUCCGCAGUCUCGGGGUGCUCGGUGCGGCGACGGUGCUAGGCGGUUUUGUUGUAACGCCCCUGACGCUGCAGAACAACCGCCAUAUCAAGUCCAGCGAGACCCAAGUCGUUGCAGACGGUACCUCCAACGAACAAGGACCUCUGGAUGCCAGGGCCGUCUACAUUCGAGAGGAGCUUGCGACGGGGGAAUUGGAUAUCGACUACGUAGACCGGAACUACAUCCCGAUUCCUGCCUGGGCGAAAUAUCUUCCCAACGCCCCAGAGCUUUUUCCGCACGGAUACGACCACAGCACCAGCGCAAACGAUAUUCGCCCGCUUCCCCCGGCAGAAUCGGAUAACGGACCAGUGGAGGCGGGUGUGGGUGUUUUCAUAGGGGACGAAGAUGAUUCAGUGAGCACUAUCGACGAGGACGGGCCGGAGGAUGUUGACAUGGGCAUAGUUGCUGACGAAAGUAGCCAAGAACUCGACACAGAUUCAUCUUCUGAUGUCCCAGAAAUCCCCCCGUUCUUUUACGAAUCGACAACAGGACCCGCUGCAUUCGGAGACGAGACUUUGGAUAUACGACCGCUGAGUGCGACUGACGUGGUUCCCAGGCCCGGCGUCGUCGAUGUGCCCUCGUCUGGCAGCGCUGGUUCAUCAUCAUCUUCAUCUUCAUCGUCCACAAUCCUCGGCAAGGACUCAGAUCCUGCAAUCACGCACAUUGAUGGCGAUGGCACUCCGGCUGGCGCGCCCAUCGCGCCCUCCGUCGGCCCUCCGCAGAAAGCCAACCACAAAAAUCAUCACCACAGCGGAAAUCGAAAUACAGAUCACUCUCACUACUCCAAACCAGUAGCAGGCCCCCUGCCGCACUACUGUCGGCCCCAGAAGAUGGCGAACAUCAGAAAUUUGCACAAGGACUUCACCGCGUUCACCAAUCUCCCCCACCUCCCCGAUUUCGUCAACGGAGACGAUUUCACUUUGCAGCGCACCGCGCCGCGGCCGGUGGUCAUCGUGAUCAGCGAGUAUUGGCAUGCCAGCACCUGGCACCCCACGCUCGGCGGCUACGUUCACGACACCUGCAAUGGCUGGGCGGGGUUUUUGCACAAGGACAGGCAGCUGCACGACGUGGCGGUCGUGGUCCCGUUUUUCCGAAAUUUGGUUUCCAAGACCCAUCUGUACUGGAAGGCCGACACGACCUACCUGUCGCAACGCGGGUACGAGAGCACGAACCAAGAUUUGCAAGACAGCAAUGAAAAUUUGUCUAGUUUCCGGGUUCUGGACGAGAUCGUGAACACGUAUGCAUUGCAAAAGUUUCGUGCUCGUAUAAAUUGCAUCUGUGCAUAGACAUUUCAUCUCGACUCUCAGGUAAAUCAGCAUAUAGGAAUUCAAUUUUGUCUUCUGGACAAAUUUCUGAUCUAUUUCUAGUAGUGCGAUCGCGAUACACUUUUGCAAUGCAUAACACGCUGCGCAAAACGAAUCUCGCGAGCGAGAUUUUUGUCGCAGGGCACAGCGGAGGGUGCCAGUUCGUCCAGCGCUGGAGCCUGUACUCGCAAUAUGUAUUGAAGAGCGACGAUGAAGAUUCAUCAGGUUCGAAACACGGGCAAGAGGCCGCCACUGACGGCACCAAGCCAGUGCACGUGCACAUGUCGAGUUGCGGCAGCUAUGGCUUCCUAGACCACCUCCGCCCUUCGGUUCAGUGGAAGAACCACCACUGCCUUCCCGGCUAUCAAAAUGAAAAAUCCCCCCUCCCCAUAUCAAAACGAAAAUUUGUGAUGCUGAUUUGUGACCACAAAUCAGCUUUGUAUUGCACAAAGGCACUGCGGCCAGAUCCCCAGGCUAGGUAGGGGCGUAUGGGUCUAGUAGUGCAGCAUGGCAAGCGGCCCCCCUUUAGGCCCAACAGCAUGACAAAUCGCUUCCAUAAUGGGGCGGAAGCUUCUGCCCUUGUCUUCUUGCAAGACAGAUGUGAUUUGUGACCUCAAAUCCGCAACGCAAUUUCCUGGAAACAUGCCUUUUCAAUAUGGGGAGGGGGGAUUUUUCCUCUCAGUACCGGCAGCAGCGAGAACGAGGACUGCACGUCGCCCAUAUGCAUUGCAAAAGUAAGUAUCGUACUAGUAUAAAUUGCAUCACAAAUUUUUUCAAGAAGAAAAAUGGAAUUUGUAAUGCUGAUUUCCCUAAAAAGGGAUGUUUGUCAUGCAUGAUCAUAGCAAUUACUACGAGUACGAUACUUUUGCACAGGAUAGCCCAGCACGUUGCGCGAUGGUUGGGUCGACAUCGGCCUCGGGAACAGCAUGACCAGCGGCGAAUUGCGAGAAGAGGAUUACCAGAAGAAGGUGGAAACUGCCAUCCCGCACGUUUUCCACCGCGAGGACUACCCGAGCGGCCACGACUUUGACUACGUCCGCGGGGACUUGGUUCCCAAAGAGUUCCAUGUGAAUGAAGAAAGUUCAUCGUCGUCAGGCAUCGACGUUGCGCACUAUCUGCCCUGCCACGUGUUCAAACGCUUCCAGUUUCACUUGGUCAUCAACGAAUUCGAUCGGUGCACCGACCUCCAGAACCGCAGCGGGCACGUGGGCACGAAAAUAUCCGCGGUCGCGAACUGGAACUGGCCGAUGCGGGAGUUUCAGAACAAGUACCUCUACCCCGUAUGAACUGCAAAAUUAUUGUACUCGUAUACUUAAAUGCAUAUACAAAUUUCCUCAGCGUCAGCAUGACCAUGACAAAUAAAAUUUGUAUAUGCGGAUUUACCUUAACCUUAAGAAGAUUGUCAUGCAUGAUUGCAAAACGACUACGAGUACGAUACUUUUGCACCGGAGACCCCGACCACGGCUGCAAGAGCUUUCUGGGGCAAAACAAGCGGAAGCUGGACCAGGAAAAUCUACCUCGCCUGACCGCCGCGACGAAAAUGGGCCUGGCGCAGGGGUACACCCGCUACCAGCGCCAGAUGGUGUUCUACUUUUGGCUGAAAAAACACAUGGACGCAGCAGUCGCGAAUGGAGGCGCCCUCGUGCACCACGAGCUUCACAAGGAACACCACUCCGCAUGGCCGCUGAUGCAGAACGUAAAGCAAGUUUUGCUCAACACCAAACAUCAUCCUGACUGGUACGGAGUUCCGAAGGUGAUUCUAAACAAGUGCGCCAACAAAAACGCGAAGGGUGGAACGAAAACGGCGUCGGAGAUAAUCACACUCGACGGGAGAGGACGAGCAGGAGCUGCAGCACAGUCGAGCGACAAUCUCAUGGACAGCCUCAUUUCGAGCACGCAGGCGGAGCUUCGAAAAGAUGCUUCGCAGCUCAUCCACAUGGGGAUGUGAUGACGAAGUGGAAGCACGAGGCGAACUAGCACUUAUGCUAGGUGGUACUACUUCUAUCGAUUAUAUCGUGAAAAAUAACUGUGUAUCAUCUAUGAGAAUAAAAGUACUGAUUAAGAUGUAGGAGUGACGAAUAUGACGAGUUGUAGUAGCUGAUGCGAUUAUGGGGGCAAGAGACACGAUAGCUCUUUCUCCCCAGAAAGAAUCCAUAGAGCAGUGAGCGCAUCAGCAUCACUACUUCUUCGACUUUCGCUUCAUUGGCGGAUAAACGAUGACAAAUUUUGCGCGGCAUGUUUACCAGCCCGAACGUUUAAAACAAUUUUGAACUUCCGAAACAACGCGAAAGCAUCGAUCACGUCUACUGUCUGACAAACACAAAAAAGAAAUUUUUGUAUGUUUGCAUGAGAAAAAAGCCUUGC